GCUUUGCAGGCAGCAAAAAGGCUGCAGGAAAGCCUUGCAGGGAAGAGAUCCAGAUGUGGCCCUGGAAAAAAAUUAUUCCUUGGACAAAGAGAGCUGAAUGGCCUGUUGUAGUCAUUCCUGCAGCUAUAGGAACAGUCCAAUGAAUGAAAAGGUCUUUGGAGAUCCACAAGAUUCCUCAGACCCAUCUGGAGUUGCAUUAUAGGACAGAGAAAGAAUGGAGACACAACUUUUAGCAAGUGAGGGGACUGGAGAAGGCCCUUCUGCUGUUCAGCCUGGGAGCUAUAGGGAGAUCUGGACAAGAACUGGGCAGGAGAUCCUGGAGAAGGAAACCAUCCAUUCAGAAGUUCAGCCCUGGAACUUCAGGAGCAUCCAAUACCAGGAUGCUGAAGAUCCCCGAGGACUUUGCAGCCAACUUCAUUACUUGUGUAGUCGAUGGUUGAGACCAGAAAAGCACACAAAAGCGCAGAUGCUGGACCUGGUUGUUCUGGAGCAGUUCCUGGCCCUUCUGCCCCUAAAGAUGAAGAGCUGGGUGUGGGAGUGUGGAGCAGAGACCACCUCCCAGGCAGUGGCCCUGGUGGAAGGCUUCCUCCUGAGCCAGGCGGAGGAGCAGAAGGAACAGGUCAAGUUGCAGUCCUUCUCUGUGGACACUGGAGAUCCUGAGGGAAGGAGGAAUCCAUCAGAUCCCCCUCAGAAGCUGUUCUUCAGGACAAUCUCUCAGGAAGAUCCAAGUCAGGACACCUCAGGAGGGAAAAAUAAAACAAAGUUGUCUGGUCUUUAUGGUGGAUCUGAAAGAGUGGUUGAACCUCAUCAAGAGGGUCUUGUGUCCUUCGAGGAGGUGGCUGUGUAUUUCUCUGAGGAGGAGUGGUCUCAGUUGAAUCCCCAGCAAAAAGCGCUGCAUUGGGAAGUCAUGCUGGAAAAUCGUAGGACCGUGGCCUCUCUGGGUGAUAAUAGGCAGGAGAAUAAAGAUUCCAGGGAACCAUUCCAAAUGAUCAGGCAUGGAGACAGAACGGAGAAGCCUGCAAUUCAAACGGAACUAGAAAGGCAUGACAGAAACCAGUCAAAUAAUUGGAAUAAGGAAAGCGCAUCUUCCAUUAAUGCUCAGAUUAAAGAUUUUGUUGCCCAACAAGGAAAAGUAAAGAAAAAGUAUAUUGGGAAAAGUAUAAAACUAUUCAAAGACAAAUUAGAUGUAAAUGAACCCUAUCCAACCCAAACCAAAGGAGAAGAUUAUAUAUGCAGAGACAAUGCAAAAAAUUAUAAUUGGACUUUCACUCUUUCUCAUGAAAAUGGGUCCCUUACAUCUCAUAAAAUGAUCCAUAGAGGAGAGAAGCCAUAUAAAUGUUUGGAAUGUGGAAAGAGCUUCAGAAGAAGCAGUCAAGUUACUUGCCAUAAAAGGAUCCACACAGGGGAGAAGCCGUAUAAAUGCAGAGAGUGUGGAAAGACUUUUAUUCAGAGCAGUCAUCUUACUUCCCAUAAAAGGAUCCACACCGGGGAGAAGCCGUAUAAAUGCAUGGAGUGUGGAAAAAGUUUCAGUGAGAGCCGUUCCCUUACAUCUCAUAAAUGGAUCCACACAGGGGAGAAGCCAUAUAAAUGCAUGGAGUGUGGAAAGGGCUUUACUAAGAGUAGUAGUCUUACUUCCCAUAAAAGGAUCCACACAGGAGAGAAGCCAUAUAAAUGCAUGGAGUGUGGAAAGAGCUUCUGUGAAAGUGGGUCUCUUACUGUUCAUAAAAGGAUCCACACGGGGGAGAAACCAUAUAAAUGCAUGGAGUGUGGAAAGGGCUUCUGUCAAAAUGCAUCUCUUAUGAGUCAUAAAAGGAUCCACACAGGGGAGAAGCCAUAUAAAUGCAGAGAGUGUGGAAAGAGUUUUACUAAUAGCAGUCAUCUUAAUUCCCAUAAAAGGAUCCACACAGGGGAGAAGCCAUAUGUUUGUAUGGAAUGUGGAAAGGGCUUCAGUCGUAGUGGUUCCCUUACUUCCCAUAAAAGGAUCCACACAGAAGAGAAACUAUAUAAAGGUGUGGGGUGUGGAAAGAGCUUCCGGAGAAGAAAUGAUCUAAUUUGCUAUACACAGAUCCAUUUGGGUGAGAAUCCAUGUAAAUUCUAGAUUUAGUUGGUUAAAUCUAUGCAUUUCCUAUUUAUAUAUACUAAACUAGGAAAGAAAAGUUUUUUUAAGUUUGACCCUCACAACUGGCAACCGCAGAGGGGCAUGUGGAGUUUUAAUUAACUCUGCAUUUUUGAAAGUGCUAUCAUUUGAAGGUGGCCAGUGCUAUUGCACGUCAAUAAGAGAUUUUUUUCCCCCCUGAAAUUUAAGUUUAUUCUAGUUUCCAGUUGGGGAUCAAAACCCAAGAAAAUGCCAUUUUAGGCAUCUCAGAUUCUGGCCUAUGCAAUUUUAUGAAGAUGUUGUCUUUAUUGCAUUUUUACAAGUGAGCUUCCUGCUCCCCAAUUGUUUGUUCUUCCCGCUUGAUCAUGGUUCUGGGAGGGAUGUGAAGAGGUAGACAUUUAACAGAUGCUGCUUCCCCCCGCUGUAGAAGGAGCUGCAACUCCCUGGUGCAUCUCUUCAAGACAAAGCUUUAUUAGUCUUUCUGCUAUAGCAGAUGUGCAGAUAUUCACCUGAUUCACAGUUACUUCCCAUAGUUUAAACUUUCCUUCUUUUGCCUAGUCUUCUUACAAUUGUUUUCCCCUCCCUUUCUCAUUCCUUAAUACACUCACCGUUCAUCAGAGGACCCUACACUUCUCUGUCCUCCCAAAAAGUUGGAAAUGAUGCAGCAGAGAGAUUCUGAUGUCUGAAGCAAUAUUAUAAUCCAAAGGGACCUCAAGUUCCAUCAAAGUAUACAGAAUGAGCUGGAAUGUGAUAUUGAAUUGUCCCAUUGAAUAAUUGUGAUAUUGAAUUAAAAGUGACAAC